UUGCAACCGUUCAUCGCCGCCGCGCUCGUUAUGGCCACCAUCUUGCACGCCAUUGCCUCUGUCUCCCAGACCCAAAUGACCUUCAUUCUCGCGGUCGUCCGGGUCGUCCUAUCCGGUGCCCUUAUGUUCCCCGGCUCCGCGAACACGCUCACCCCUGAGCAGGAAGAGCUUGUGAAAACCGUGCCUACAGAUGUACGAGCCGCAUUCAAACUGUUGAACAUCGGUCCAGACUAUGUCCGGUACGCAUGCUGU